GCAAGCUUUGCGGAAAGUGGUGAAAAGCGCGCAAUUGCGAUUGGCGACAUGCGCUGCCCGUCUUCCUCGCUAUGAAGCCUCUUAUCGUACGAGACAAAUAUCAGCUAGACCUUCGACUAGGCGGUGGCUCGUAUGGCGAAGUGUAUGAAGGCCACCACCUCGAAACCGGCAAAGCAGUGGCUCUUAAACUCGAGUACAGCCAAGUUAAUCCUUCACAACUCAAAAAUGAAGUCGAAAUCUACAGAAAACUUGAGCCCGGCAAUGGUAUCCCUCGGGUAUACUGGGAUGGCUCUGAAUGCGAGUUCAGGGUAAUGGCAUUUGAGCUCUUGGGCCCAAGCCUGGAGAAUCUUUUCAACUAUUGCGGCCGCAAAUUCUCACUCAAGACUGUGCUGUUACUUGCAGACCAGCUCAUCUCUCGAUUCCAGUAUAUUCAUUCGAAGGGAUACAUCCACAGAGAUGUUAAGCCGGACAAUCUGCUCAUGGGCAUCGGCACGCAAGGCAAUACUGUCUAUAUGACAGAUAUUGGUCUGGCAAAAGAGAUUGAAGAUUCGGAUAGGCACAGCUACUCUGUGGUCGGCACACUGCGAUAUGCCAGCAUCAAUGCACAUCUGGGAAGAGAGCAAUCCCCUCGCGAUGACAUGGAAUCUCUUGGAUAUGUUCUCUUAUACUUCCUUAAAGGCUCACUUCCCUGGCAGGGCCUAAAGUGUAAAUCUAAGGAAAAAGAGAAGAUGAUCCUCAAGGAGAAGCGGCAAGCAGAGAAGCGGCAAGCAAGGAAGCGCAGUCUCUUCAAUGGUGUUCCUGUUGAGUUCAAGAAGUACUUUGAGCUUAUCCGCUCGGACAAGGGACUCGACUAUCGCCGUUUACGACGCCUAUUCCGGGGUUUGUUCUGCCGUCAGCACUUCCAGUAUGACAACGUCUUUGAUUGGACUAAACUAAUGUACCUGGAGAAGCUGGAGGCAGAACAGGAGACGUCGGAGGCAGAACAGAACACCCCGCAUGCAGAACAGGAGUCGAAUUGA